AUGGUCAAACUCGAAGAAGUCGAAGACGCAGCCUUCCUCGAGAAGCCCGAGACAUCGAGAAACAACGCUCUCUUCCAGGAAGAAGACGACGACGACUUCACAGAUACAGACUCCGAAAUCUCCUCCAUCACCGGAGACGACGACCUCGACGAAUCCCUAUACGACCGCCUCGCAGCCCUCAAAGACAUCGUACCGCCGCAACAGCGCGCCUCCCUCAGCAAGUUCGCCUCCAACACCUCAUCAGCCGUCUCAACGGGCAUAUCAUACGGCGGCAAGGGCCUGUGGGUGAUCAUAUCGAGCGUUUUACUGUUGGGUAUUCCGUAUGCGCUGGCACUUUCAGAGGAGCAGGCGCUCAUGGAGGCGGAGCGGCAGCAGAGUAUGAUGCAGGAUGGUGCGCAGGGGCUGAUGGCGGCGGGUGGGGAGGUCGAGGGCAGUGGGCAAGCGAAGCCUGCUUUGUAA